UGGAAUCUCCGGUCUGACGAGCCGCUGUUGUUCUCACAACAAAAGGGAACCGAACCGGAGAAACACUUUAAUUCCGCAGCGGAACACAAACAGGGACACAGAACCGAGGAUUCAAACUAUUUCCGCCGUCAUCAGUUGAUAAUUUAACAGGUUUCUGGAUGUAAAUAUGUCACAGAUAGAAAAGAGAAAUUCAAGGAAAAACUGCGCAGUCACAGUUUAAUGGGAGCGGUGACCUGAGCAGAUAUGCCAGCCGACGACAAGGUUGCCAUCCUGACGGACGAUGAGGAGGACCAGAAGAGGAAGUAUGUGCUGGCGGAGCCGUUUAACACCCUGUCCAUGGUGCAGCCGGCGGGCGCGUCCGCCACGGCGCCGCCCGAGCAGCUGCCCCCGCCGCAGCCGGACCCCGUGGACUGCUGCGAGAGGAUGUGCCUUCGCGUUAACAGCCGCCUCCUCAUUUCCAAAGUCUUCUAUUUCUUCUUCUACGCGGCGUACGGCUCGCUGCACCCCCUGCUGGCGGUCUACUACAAGCAGCUGGGCAUGAAGGCCGACCGCAGCGGGCUGCUUGUCGGCAUCCGGUACUUUAUAGAGUUCUGCAGCGCCCCCUUCUGGGGGGUGGUGGCGGACCGCUUUAGGAAGGGGAAGGCUGUGCUGCUGUUCUCCGUCAUGUGUUGGUUGGUGUUUAACUGCGGCAUCGGCUUCGUCCAGCCCGCCAAGAUGACCUGCGUCAACCCGUCCUCGUCGGUUUCCCCGCCGACCACCUACCCUCCUGGGAACUCCACCUCUCCGAGCAACUCCACCACGUCGGCUCCCACGUUGCUCCCCAACGCCACGGCGCUGUGGACCAACUCCACCCCCCAGACCCCCACCGUCUCCCCAUCGGCCCCCGCCACCACGGGGAGCCAGAUAGUGAGCGACCCGGAUCAGGUGGAGAACAUCUUCCUCAUCAUCCUGCUGGUGGUCAUCGUGGGCGAGUUCUUCAGCGCGCCCGCCGUCACCAUCGUGGACACCGUCACCCUGCAGUACCUGGGGAAGGCGCGCGAUCGGUACGGCCUGCAGAGGAUGUGGGGGUCUCUGGGCUGGGGCCUGGCCAUGCUGACGGUGGGCAUCUGGAUCGACCACACCCACAUCACUCUGCUGAUCGUCGGCGAGGGCUGCCAGAUCCCGGAAUACCGCCUCCACAACUACCAGCUGGCCUUCAUCGUCUUCGGCGUGCUGAUGGGCAUCGCCUUCAUCGUGGCGACCCAGUUCUACUUCGAGAAGGGGGAGGAGCACCGACAGGAGCCGCCGGAGGCGGCGGAGGACUCGGCUAGCCGUCAGGAAGCAGCAGAGUCCAGCUCCUCAGACCAGACCCCCUCAGAGCCCCCCCAGGAGUUCCACUACGGCGACCUGCUGAGGCUGCUGUGCACGGUGCGCUACAGCUCCGUCCUCUUCGUGGCGUGGUUCAUGGGCUUCGGCUACGGCUUCGUCUUCAGCUUCCUGUACUGGCACCUGGAGGACCUGAAGGGGACCACCACGCUGUUCGGGGUCUGCUCCGUCCUGAGCCACGUCUCAGAGCUGGCAGCUUACUUCACCAGCCACAAGUUCAUCGAGCUGGUCGGUCACGUCAGGGUGCUUUACAUCGGCCUGGCCUGCAACACGGCACGCUACCUGUACAUCUCCUAUCUGGAGAACGCCUGGAUUGUUCUGCCCAUGGAGGUUCUACAAGGCGUGACCCACGCCUCAGUCUGGGCCGCAUGCAUCUCCUUCCUGAGCGCCGCCGUCCCUUCGCCUCUGAGGACGUCGGCACAGGGGAUCCUGCAGGGUCUGCACCUGGGACUGGGCCGCGGCUGCGGAGCCAUGGUGGGGGGAGUGUUUGUCAAAUAUUUUGGCGCUGCAGAGACGUUUCGAGGAAUCGGCAUGGCCUCUCUUGUAAUCCUGCUCAUCUUCUCCUUCAUCCAGUGUCUGUCUGGAGAGAGUGAAGAAAAAGAGGACAAAAUCCUUGCCGAGAACAUCCCAGUUCCCUCCAGCCCAGUCCCCAUCGCUACCAUCGACCUGGUUCAGAGCCAGCACACUCCCGGUAGCCCGGCGCCGCCUCGGCCGGCGGCGGAGACGGUGCUGCCCGUUAGGAAGACCAAACACCAAGAGGACCAGGAGGACGUGACGCGGCCAGCCUGGGUGCCCUCCGGCUCCCCCUGGGUCACCAUCGCCUUCGCGUUCGUCCAGAUCAGGGACAUGAUGAACAUGAAGAAGAGCGGCGGCCCCCCUGCAGAGAAUCGCCCACUGCAGGCUCCUAACGGCCAGGCGCCGGCCGAAUACGAGGCGGUGGCCACGUCGCAGCGAGACCAGAGCGACGCUCGGCAGGCGUCCGUCUCCGAGGAGCAGCCGGACGCCGCCCGCCCAGCUCCUGAUGGCCAAACGCAGCCUGCAUCCGAUGCAGCAGGAAACUCGCUCUGACUCCUCCCUCCUCAUCAGCCCACAGCGUGAAAGUGUUCAAACCUGCUGCGGUGGUGAAAUCUCCUCACCAAUCUGUAAACUCUGUUUCUAUGUUUAUGGAUAAAACAGCAGCCUUUAUGAGCUGGAGGACUGGAGUCAGUGAAGGUUUCUUUUCAGGCUCUAACUUGAAGCAGAGGUGCUGGUAGUGAACCAAACUCCUCAAGGUGGCUAAAUCAAACGCACCUUCUGCUCUCUGUGCACUGGAUUUCUGAAGGACCUUCCUUCAGGUGUAGAUAUGCUCCUUUCUAAGUUAUUUAAGUUAAUUUAAAUGAAAAGUAAUGAAAUCUGACAGGAUCUGGAUUGUUAGAAGGUUUUCAAUCAGCUUUGAUUUAUUUUUUUAGUGACGCUGGUUGGUGUUAGUUCUCAUUGGCGGCUGUAAAAACGCCAAACUGUUCAUCCCAGGUUGUUCUGAUUGUCAGUCAGCUGUGAGGUUAAAGGCUGUUUGUUAACUUUAACUGUAAACGACCUUCUGAGGAAUGAAGGUGACCUGUGAUCACUGUGAGAGAAGCUGUAAUUUAACAAAAACUAGAAACCUGCAAAUGUUCAGAGUUUCUACAUCAUUCCUAAAAGCCGGAAACAGUCUGGAAGUUUGAUUUUAGGAUUUCUGUUCAAGUUUAGAU